AUGGACUUCGCUAAUGCUAAAAAUCCGUGCAAGACCGAAGUUAGCGUACCUGGUAUGGCUCUCAGAGGAUUCGUCUUUAAAAAGGUCCCAGUAACAGCUCCUCAUGUGUGCGAUAUCACCUGCGAGAGGGAAACGAUAUGUCAAAGCUACAAUUAUGUAAUUGGGGAAAAGUCCUGUGAACUUAACACCCGGACCAAGGAAGCAAGGCCCGAGAAUUUCCAGCCAGACGAUUUACGCUUUUACAUGGGACGCAUUAGUGGUAGAAGUAUGUAUCCGGUUUAGUUUAUUUUACAUACAAAAAUUUUCUCAGUGAGUUCCUAGUAAGACCUCGCUACUUUCCGAGAGCUAGUGUCCGAUUGCUUUGUUAUUAAAUAGGGUCAGUGUCUUAAAGCAAAAUUCGCCUUCCAUAGUACAUUGAUAUCAGCUAAACUUCUCAGCUCUUAAUCAUUGUUAUUCCAUGUUUAGCCCAGAGAAAUAUAUUUUCAGAUCUAAUCUGUUUUGCAACUUCUAUUACCCUUAAACCAUUAAUGAAGUCAUGUCUAUAUUUUAGCCCCCUUAGGAUCUAUUCCUGAAUUACCAGCGCUGUCGUGCCAAGAGAUAAAAUUAAGUGAAGGUAAAGACAGCAUCAGUAAAAAUUACUGGUUGGAUCCAAUUAAUGUCGGGAGCUCAAAGUUGGUUUACUGCGACAUGAUUUUGGAAGGUAAGUCAAUAUACCAAGAACAGAAUUUACACAACGUUUGGUCUACCUUUGCCCUGGCCUUUUGUGAAAUGUUUUCACCUUGUCUCAGUGAUUUCUUCGAUUAAUUUUCAAAUAGACAUCGAUGAAUGUAAAGGCAGCAAUAAAGUUUGUGACAAAAAUGCAAACUGCUCCAAUACUGUUGGGUUUUAUAAUUGCACCUGCAAAGAAGGAUUUACUGGGGAUGGACGCUCGUGCUCAGGUAAACUAGUUACGGACACGCCGAGGUACAAUAUUUAAUUAUUUGAACAUUUUUUUUUGGUGACUGAUGCGUUGUUCUGCUUUAAAAUUAACCUUAUCACAAUGACUGACAGGAGCAUGAAAAUAAAAUCGCUCGUCUGGCUCUGAACCCUGUGCACAGGAUGGAUAUGUAAAUGAUUUUCCAAGGCGCUACGUUUUCGUUGACACUUAAGAUAUAUUUGAGUGAAAAAGUUGAAAAUUAUUAUCAUCAAGUUUUAUAAAAUAGUCAAGAUACUACGAGCACCCUGAUUGGUCAAAAAACAAUCGUUGAUUGCACCGGUAAACCUGUGGAAAAUUGAAGUUUAUAUAUGUUAUUAAAGUAACGGACCGCACUUUCUAUCGGUUUACCAGCGUAGUAAACGUCUUCAGGUGUUGGGAAACCAUUCGAAAAAAAAAAAAAAAAAGUAGAUCAGUCGCCUCCAGCUCGUUCUCACAAAAUCCAGCGUGGAUUAUAUCGCCAGUAAACUGAGAGAAAGAGCGAUAAAUAAAGGUUCUACAAUAACUGCGGUGCUGCGUCGUUGGGAGAGUGCAACAGGGUAAUAUAGUAUUAUCAACUGAGUUGAUGAGGUAAAUUGGCCACCAUAAAGAGUGUUACAGCGAAUGCUCGAAACGUCAGCUUUGAAACUCUUUACAGAGGCCAAUUUGCAUUCUCAACUCAGUUGAUAAGGUAAGAAUCCUGAGUCCUGAAGGGAUUGUAUAUUUUUCUCUGACCUUAUCUGACCCUUUUCAUAGAACGAAAGGAAACCUUUAGGAGGCGAAGAGAAAUUACACACUCCUGGGAAAUAAUUGUGUUACUACCGAAUACCUCAGGGCUGGCAUCGUUGCGCGGGAGCUGAGAAUCAAAAAUGUUUUAACGCAUUUGGUAGCAUACAGUAGAAGUACAUACAACUCAGACUAAAAUGGGAGAUCAAAGCAAAAGAAAACAUGACACUUUGUAAUGCUAUCAGUGAUUGAGGAAGAGCUAACACUCGAAACUUCAGCUUUUUUACCCUUUACGGUGGCUAAUUUACGUUUUCAACUCAGUUGUUACUAAAUUAUCUGCUAUAAUUAUCAAAACCUGGGUGAUGCCAAUAUUAAGAGUAGUUACGCUACACCGCAGUUUGGUCCAGUGUUUUGUGACGACCUACCCCCCAAGGAAUGGUACGUUUUGUGGGAGCAGCAGGAACAAGCCAGUUGUUUCAGAGCCGAUAGCUUGAUAAACUGAAAUAUUCGUGAUAAAAUAUACGUUUCAAAUAUCUAAUUCGUGGAACACAAAAAAAGAGAAAAACUGUCUUAUCAUGUAUGAUUAUCAAAGUAAUCACUCGACUGAGAGUCCGCUCAUUUUUAAAGUGACAAACAUGAUGAAGUGCAAAUAUAUAUGUGGUUUCUCAGAUAUUGACGAAUGUAAAGGAAAUCACUCUUGUCACGUGAAUGCUACCUGCACGAACACCAACGGAUCCUAUCUUUGUGAAUGCCACCCUGGAUUUAAUGGAAAUGGUCAAAGCUGCACAGGUAAAUUU